AUGAAGCGGAAGAGCAGCUCCCUGGAUGACAUCACACUGAGAUUCGAAAGCGGCUCACGCUCCGCAUGCUCCUCGCUGCUGCGCAUGUCCUCUCCUGUGUUUGAUGCGAUGCUGGAGUCUGGUAUGAAGGAGCAGGAACAGAAAACCAUCGAUGUGACGAUUGCUUCCAAAGACGAUUUCGACCUUUUCUAUGACCUUCUGCAGCCAGGUGCUGGUCUGGUCGGGAAGAAAAAGAUCGUUGAGAAGAAUGUUGAUGCCUUGCUCACUCUGGCGAAGUACUAUCAAGUAAGCUUUCUUCAGAGAGCUUGUGAGGAAGUUCUCCUUAGCUUGCCCGCUUCGGUCCAAAGACUCUUGCAAGCCAAAGAGCACGGCCUGGCAAGGCAGCAGAGUCGCUGCAUUGGAGCUUUGGCAUGGUCUUGUACGAAGAAGGACCUAAAGAUGAUUCAUGAAGCCUCACCAGACCUCGUGCUUCGCCUGGCUUACACUAUGCGGGGUUACAGCGAGGAAGAGGGAGAGGGAGAAGAGGAGGGCGAGGAGGAAGAAGAGGAAGGUUUUCUAAAUGAUCCUGUUGUCACAAUCCCGUGA